GCCCAUUCAUAUAACCAUAAAUUAACAUUACUACUGCUACUGCUACCAUUACGAAUAUUAUGUCUUCUUCAUCAUCACUACCACUUCACUCAGCUGCUGCUGCCGCGGCGGCAGCCCAUCAGAAGAAGGCAACCGCCGGCGCAGCGGCGGAUUGGGUCUCGUCAGCAAGAUAUCCUGGCUCAGUUUGGGGUGAUGGCUUCCUCGACAAAUUUGAUCUGUCCUUCCAGGCGAAAGAAAGAUACCCAAACCAUGAAGUCCUGAAAGAAGAAGUGAGGGAGAUGUUGACAAAUGAAGUCAAAAGUAGUGGAGAUCAUGAGGCAAUAAUCGCCGACAAGCUGCGGCUAAUAGACGCAGUUCAACGAUUAGGUAUUGGGUAUCACUUUGAUGCAGAGAUUGAAAAGGCACUUGAAAAAAUACAUGAUAUGGGAGGAGACUUGUUCUCUAACAUCGGUGACAAAAGCACGGAUCUCUAUCAUGCAGCUCUUCGAUUUCGACUCCUCAGACAACAAGGAUUUCCUGCUUCACAAGAUGUGUUUACAAAGUUGAAGAACAAUGAAGGGAGGUUCAAGGAAUGGGUGUCGAGGGAUAGGCAAGGACUGUUAAGCUUGUACGAGGCAGCACACUUGGCAUUCAAUGGAGAAGAUAUAUUGGAUGAAGUCCUGAGUUUUGCGACCAAGAACCUUAAGUCGUCAUCUGUCAUCCAACACCAGACCAACCCUGAUUCAUUCCAAAAGCAAAUCGAAUUUGCUCUCCGCUUUCCUGCUUGGAAAUGUGUCCCAAGAUCACUUGCUAGGAACUCCAUCGAUUUCUAUUCCGAGAAUGCUUCGCAGAAUCAAAAGCUUCUCACAUUUGCAAAAAUGGACUUCAACAUCGUCCAGAACUUGCAUCAGCAGGAGCUCUAUGAAAUCUCUAGUUGGUGGAGAAGUUUAGAUAUGGCGACCAACUUUCCAUUUGUAAGAGACAGACUUGUGGAGACUUAUUACUGGAUAGUUUGCGCUUACUUUGAGCCCAAAUUUCGAUUGGCAAGAAUUAUAAGCACUAAGAUCUAUCAUUUGUUGACGCUCUUGGAUGACACAUGUGAUAACUUUGCUACACAUGAAGAGCUUCGCGCCCUAUCAAAAGCUAUUGAAAGGAUGAAUGUUGGGGCUCUUGAAAAACUACCCGAUAGGAUGAGGAAUACUUUUCGUUUCGUCCUUGAUGUGUACGAUGAAGUCGAGAAGGAAAUUGGAAAGACGGGACCCACUUUCUCCGUUGAUUAUGCUAAGGACGAGCUCAAGAAAUUGUGUCGAGCCUACUUAGUUGAGAUUGGGUGGCGCGCUGAAGGCAAGGUUCCGACACUGGAAGAGUACUUGAUCAACGCAUACAACAGCUGCGGUGCUCCCAAAACUUGCACAUCUUGUUUCAUUGGCAUGGGAGCAGAGAUAGCCACCAGGGAGGCUUUUGAAUGGGUGACUAACGAAUCCAAACUGAUGAAAGCCUGUUGUGUGAUUGCUAGGCUGCAAAAUGACAUUUUCUCUCACAAGUAUGAGCAAAAGAGAAAUCACCCGGCUUCAUCCGUGCAAUGCUACAUGAAGCAGCACGGAGUGACAGAAGAAGAAGCAGUUGAAUUCCUGUGGAAGAAGAUUCACAAAAGUUGGAAAGAUAUCGCAGAAGUGUAUCAGAAACCAACUCUGACACCGAUAGCUCUUACGGAUCGUCUCCUCAAUUUGAUGCGUUCCUGCAACUUGUUCUAUGAGAUUGGUGAUGGCUUCACCAACUCCCACCUCAUCAAGGAUCAGCUCACCUCACUGCUCAUGGAUCCUGUGCCCCUUUGAGAAUCAAUUAAUUAAGUGAUUGAAUAAUGCCCUACGUACGUACUCAUGGUUCACAAAUCACAGUGCUAAUAGCUCUCUGCUGGUUCUUUUGCUUUCUGUUUUUCUUCUGUUGUUUUAUGCUUCCUUUCCUGGACAGUUAUCACCGCUAUUGAAAUCAUUUCCAUUUUUCCAUUUUUCUUUCUUUUAAGCAAUCAAAUAUCUAGCUAUAUUGUCAAUCGUUCUUCCUUUUGGUAUAUGCUGAAUUGCUUGUGCUCAAAGGUGCUCAUGGAUUGCAUUUUCAGAAGGCAAAAUACACAUGUAUAGACAAAACUUUGAUGGUUUUGUCAAAUAUAGCCACAUUUAACGAAAUAUUAAAAAUAGCCACUUCCCUCCAAUUGUGUGACGGUAUUAGUUAACGUGUUGACUAGACUAACGGAAAAACUGACAUGUAAACCUUUUAGUCAUUAAAAAUAUGAGCUGGAAUAAUCAGAAAAAAUUAAAAUGAAAAUUAUUAAAUAUAUUUUUAUUUUCUCUCUCUCCCUCUCCAUUCUUCUCCCACCCAACCUUCUUAAUCUCUCUCUUUCUUCCCCAGAAUCACUUCCCCAUGUUCCUCCUCCUCCCCAAUUUCCAAACCGACAACCACCACCAACCUUCACACUCACCUCCUCUCUUCCAUCCACCUCAACUACCACAUUGAAUUCAACCUUAACCACAAUAUAUUUCCAAUCCGCAACAGCCACCACCAACCCCCCAGAUCUGACUCAGUGUCGCUCCUGCUGCAACAUCGACGGCUUCAGAGCUCCAAAUCGCCGCAAUCCCGCCGGCAAAAGUUUGGUUCAUGAACACGGGUUGAGUUAGGUUAGCGAUUGAUUGAGCUCGAAGCUGCAUGGAUUUUGUGGUCCUUACCAAUAGAACGAGGGCAGGUGAUCUGGAGCCUCUGUGCCCAACAAAUAGAGGAAACGACGAACGGAGAAAACGGUGCGAAGUCAGCGUCGCUCUUGGUCGGCGUCUUUGUCGGCUGUCGUUUCAGUGGUCUCCCCAGGGUUUGGGGGGGGGGGGGGGGGGGGGGAGGGAGGCGGGUGUUGAUUGCGUCGAGCGCGAGACUUUAUACCUAUCUUUCAAUAUCUUGGCCACAAAUCAAGCUCAAUGAUAAUGUUUGAUACAAUUGAAAAUAAAAGACAGAAUUAAUGUUUAAUUAAUUUACUUACUACUAGACCAACUAUCUACCUAGUCUGUCUAUCAACAGAGACCUUGACCUAUUAAGUAUAUUAGCUAAACUCUACACACUAAUCAAACAACUUGGCUAAGUAAAUUAAUUAACGUUUAAGCCUUACUUAGGCAAUUAAUUGGAAACCAAACCAGUAAACCUUUUGUUUUGUCUUAGCCGAAUGAACUUAUAAGCCCAACCGCUUGAAUUUUAAAGUUUAAGUCUGCAAGUGAACACCACUCGAAGGCCCAGUUCAAUUGCCAAUAAUACCCGACCCAGCUUUUAUGUGAGUGAUAAAACGGUGGAGUUUCAAUUCCAACUCACUCCCCUUUCCUGCUUGAGUGUUCUAGAUCAAACUGAACCAUGUUUAUAUUUAAUUCAAGAAUAGGGGAAGAACUCCACGAACCCUGCAGUAUAAACCCAGAAAGUUAUGACACAAAUAAAUCAAACCAGGUCGUAGAACUUUCCCAAUCCAAUUCUGGCACUUUCCUCGAACUUCGUCUUCUCUAGCUUCUCCUGAUCGAAUUUCCCUGUAAACACAGACUUGACACAGAACACGCACAGAAGUACAUACAGAACUGAAAGUAAAAAGUAGAGUAAGAACACAACCCACGAUUUUUAUGUGGUUUCCAGUAUUGGGAGAAUAAGAAUCCCAAUAUUGA